CUAUCAAUGAUUGAAAGUAUACGGAAAUUGGAAGAUACCUUUGAGACUAUAAAUUGUUAGCAACACGGCGAUUUAUAGAGUUGUAAAAAUCGUCUCUGCAAGGUUAUAUCUCGGAUUGACCCCUGCUGGAUUAUUAUUGCAGUACUGUAAAAUUGUGAAAUAUUGCACAACUGAUUUACUUUUUCAAAACAGAGGACAACUUUAAGUGGAUAUUCUAUGAUUUUGUGUGUGUGAUAUUCUAUAAGAAUGGUUUUGUGUCAGGAAAACACCAACAUGUUUCAAGCCCGUCAUUCUCCACCGGCAAGCGGCUACAACUUCAGCCAUUUCUCCGGAUAUAUUCCUCAGAGUACUCAGUACCCCAACCCCACGGGACAGAACCAUGACUAUGGUCAGUACCAGAUGGAUCCGGCGACUUUCCAGCAGACCCCCUGCUACAUGACUUACGGAUCCCGCCCCGUGGAGGAAUGGGUCAACGGCUACGGGAUGCAGAACACGGCGGGAACGGUGAGCCCCCACGGUUACUCCUACCGGCCUGGCCCUCCUAUGGGGGUCGAUUACACACAGCAACAGCUCCCCCAGACUUCCGGGGUAAGCCAAAAUCUCUCGGUGCUAGGGAGUUCCCCUCAACCCGUGUGUUCCCCAACCGCCUCUACUAGUUCCAGCGGUAGCCCGGGGUCCCCCUCCAACAAACAGCUCCGACCCCCCUACGAUUGGAUGAAGAAGACCUCAUAUGCUCCCAGUGGCCCCCUUCCUGGUAAAACUCGCACUAAGGACAAAUACAGAGUAGUUUAUAGCGACCACCAGCGUCUGGAACUAGAGAAAGAGUUCCACUACAGUCGAUACAUCACCAUCCGCCGGAAGGCCGAGUUAGCUCAAACUCUCGCGCUCUCCGAGAGACAGGUGAAAAUCUGGUUCCAGAACCGCCGCGCCAAGGAGAGAAAACAGAAUAAGAAGCGUGACGACAUCAAUACCCCCAACCCAGAAAUGCCCAUCCAUGCGGACAACUCCGGCGUCGUGCAGCAACUUUCGCUUCCGGUACACAACACCGCUCAACCAAUCAUCAAACAAGACCCCAUGGAUGACUAUGGCCACCAGAUGUCGCCACAAAUGCAAGAGCACAAGGAAGGCAUAAUUCACCCCCAUCAUUCCCCAGAAUUCCAUCAAACGCCUUCACCUGUGACCUCCAACAUCAAUCCCAUCAUGCAAUCGUCUGCUCCAGUCUCUGUGAUCAAAAUGGACCCACAGGAGUUGGUAUCUCAAUCCUAAUUCAUCUGACCACCUAACGUGCUACAAUAUAUGUGACGUCAUGCACCGAUACCCCUCCACAGAAUGUACAUGCGUCACGUGGCCCACUGGUUGGGAAUACGGUCAACGUGUAAAGUUUGUGCGUGCGAUUUGAAAUUUGUGAACGUUGAACAAACCAGUGGCCAUUUUGAGUGACUGAAUACUCAGAACAUGUUGAUACAUUUGUAUGUAUUAUAAAUUUAUUGACAUUUGAUGUACUAUGUACUAAUACGCAUGUAAAACUCUUUUUAUUUCUGUAAGGUAUUUUUUGUGAUUUACAUACUAAGGGAUAUAUUUAUUGAAACCGUUGAAUAAAUUGCAAGAAUGUACAUAAUAAAAUACAUUCAAUUGCAUUGAGCCAAUUUGUUGUAACGGAGAGAGCAAGCGUGCAUGAGAGUUUUAAUAAUGCUGUUUAAAACUGAUAACUUACUCGAGUUUUAAUUCAAAGUUCUAUAGGAGUGCACGCUCUCUCACAGAGAAAUACAAAUAUAUGAAUUGCAAUUUAUUGUAUAAAAAGGAGGAAAUCAAGAAAAUUUAUAUAUCGGUUUGUUUAAUUUGGGAAUUGGUAUAAUUGAAAAAUACUUGAUUUUUCUUUUAAUAAAGUGCAUUUUCACCAAAAAACACUGAUUUUAUGUUUUCUAAGCUCUUUCGUUAUUCUUCAAUGAACAAUUUAUUUCGUCGGAAAUCAGAAAAAUAUAUAUAGUUUACAAUGUUUAGAUAUAAAUGUAUAUACCAUACUUUCAUGGCUAAUUUGAAUUAAACACAAUGUAGAUUUCUCAGCUAUUGAUUUGAUGACAGCCCAUUGAGACA